UUGACUGAGAUACACUCGAAAACUCCAAGCACAGGAAGAAAAAUUGGCUAAACUGCUGAAAAUAGGUGGAAAGCGUGUGAAAAUUGUGUAGAAAAAUGUCCGUGUGCAGUGCCGCCACCUGGGUGAAAUUCUUCGGGGCCGCAGGCAUCCCAUCCAAUGUAUCGGCCUCCUAUGCCCACGCCUUCGUGGAGAAUCGAAUGCAGAUGAAUAUGCUAAUGGAUCUCAACAAGGAGUACCUGCGCGAGAUGGGCAUCACUCCCAUGGGCGACAUCAUAGCCAUCCUGAGGCACGCGAAGCUCGUGCAUGACCAGAACACACGGGAGAAGGUGCUGGCGAUGGAUAAGGUGCCGGUGGCGGCGGUUUCGGGAAAUCCCAUUGGUUCCAAAAUUGUCAAAUUGCCACCAAAACAAGCAUCUUCCGACAUCACGGGCAACGCCGAAGUCCCUCUUCCUAGUAAACCUCGCCGCGUGCUGCCGGAGCACGAGGGCAAGUACAAAGUCACCCUGCCGUCGGGAACGACGCCGCGUAGCAAGGAGAUCCUGUCCAAGCGGACGCAGAUGUUCCCGGAAAAGAAAGCGGCGGAGAGAAUGGAGAUGGAUUCAGACGAUGAGAUGCCACAGAUGAACAAGCGUGACAUCACAUUCAAGGUGGUGGGCCUGGACAAGCCCACGGGCUCCAUAUUCUCGCGACUGGGCGACAAGAGUCGAACGGAUGGGCGAGUGAUUGAGAGCACACCGUCGCACGCGGGCAUUCUCAAGAACAGUCCCACGAAGAAGAUGGGCAUCGUGAAGAAGGCGUCAGCUCAUCGCGUGAUCUCCGUGAAGCGCGUCCCCGCCAAGGCCACGACAAUGGUGGCCGACGAGGUGGAGCAGCAGCAGAAGAUGGAACUCUGUGAGCCUCAGAAGAGUGUCUCGUUCUCUUCCGAAGACGAAGUGGUGGAAUUUGCCUCCCGGCGGGCUUCGUUGAAGCCCAAGAGCCGCUCCACGGCCACCAAUGUGCGUUCGCGACUGGGCAUGAAGAGUGGCAAGACGACCACAAUUGCCGUACUGCACAAAACGCGCAAGACCAUCAAGAUGAAGCCGGGCAUCAUCAAGAGCAAGCUUCGGUCGGACGAUAUUGUGAAUCUGAAGACUCUGCCAGUGCACAGUCGGCUGGACCUGAAGAAGCGCGGCGGAACGCUGACUGCCAAUGCUCUCGCGGCCAGGAUCGGCGAGGUGACACUCAACACGAGUCCCGUGAGGCGGAAGGAGAUGAAGCAGGGCGGCAGCAGUGUCUUCAACAGACUCGGAUUCUCAGGCAAUCACUGAACCUGCGAAGGAGCGCUUCUUCUGAUCCUCAUGGACGAACGAGUGAGGGGAAUAGAGACGAUGUUUGUGUAUCAGCUGAGUGUUCUGAUUAAAUCCCUGUGCGGAACAACACAGAAAUCCUUCGCUCACGUUU